AAUAAAAGUCCUAGCGUUCGUAUGUUAACAGAUAUAAAAUAAUUCUAUUUUAUUUUCGAAGAAUCAAAAAUUGUUAGGCAUGGAUUUGGCAGCCCUAAUGUUUAUUUUGUUUACUUGUGAAUAUACACUGUGUCAUACAAUUAAUCACGAAAAAGGUAAUUUUAGAAAUAGUGCCACUGAAAAAUCUGUUCAUAAUCCUCACCAUGUGGGAACAAGAGACUUUGAAGUUAGCAAUAGUGAAUUAGAACCUGAAUAUUGGAUUCGAAAUGCCCAAUUGAGUAUUUUAAAUAAAGUUGAUAAAUUAAAUAAUUUGAAUACAGGUAGAGCAAAAAAUAUAAUUAUGUUUUUGGGAGAUGGGAUGUCUAUUCCAACUGUAACAGCUGCGAGAAUUUAUAAAGGACAAAAACAUGGUCUGACUGGAGAAGAACAACAGCUGUCUUUCGAGAAAUUCCCUUAUGUGGGCUUGUCAAAGACUUAUUCUGUAGACUAUCAGACCACAGACUCAGCAGCGACUGCUACGGCUUACUUAACCGGUGUCAAAACAAAUUAUGGAACAAUUGGAGUAACUGCUUCUGUAAAUCGUAAGAACUGUACCGCCAUGUUAAACAAAAAAUUUCACACAACAUCCAUAGCUGAAUGGGCUCAAAAUGCUGGUAAAAGGACCGGAUUUGUCACAACAACUAGAGUGACUCACGCAUCACCCUCACCCUUGUUCGCCCAUUCGGCGGAUCGAGAUUGGGAAAGUGACACAGAUGUUUCAAGUGACGGUCAAGAUCCGACAAUUUGUCGAGAUUUGGCAUAUCAAUUAAUUCACAACAAAGCCGGGCAGAAAUUAAACGUGAUUAUGGGAGGAGGGAGGGGAAAAUUCUUUCCCUCAACUACGUAUGACGAAUACGGGAAUAUUGGAGAGCGCAGCGAUGGAGAAAAUCUUAUUGAAAAGUGGAAAAACUAUAAAAAGCAUUCACCUAAUUCCAAGUAUGCAUAUGUCCACGAUCGGGCUGGCCUUCUCCAUCUAUCUAACGAAGAUUACGUUCUUGGACUUUUUGCCCAGUCACAUGUCAGCUAUGAACUGGAUAGAGACCCAGAAGUGGUACCAUCAAUAGCCGAAAUGACACAAAAGGCAAUAAAACUUCUUUCAAAAGGAAAAAAUGGUUUUUUCCUGUUUGUUGAGGGUGGUCGUAUUGACCACGCACACCACGACGUCCUUGCAAAAAAAUCUCUAGAAGAAACUGUUGCAUUUGCCCAAGCUAUAGAAGUGGCAGUAGACAUGACUAAUGACGAUGACACCCUCAUUGUCGUCACUUCCGACCACUCUCACACUUUAUCGAUUAGCGGAUAUACCUACAGAGGAAAUGACAUUUUAGGCGAAGCUGACAUCGCCGAUGACGGUUUACCUUAUCUUUCACUGGGUUACGCUAAUGGAAAGAAUACUGGUCGAGAUAGUACUGGUGUCAGACAUAACGUAUCGGAAGAUGAAGAUUUAGGCACAAAAGACUAUGAAUACCCAGGAAUGGUUCUUUUAGACAGUGAAACUCAUGGUGGAGACGAUGUAGGAAUUUUUGCGAGGGGCCCAUGGGCUCAUCUUUUGACCGGUGUUAACGAGCAAAAUGUGAUACCACACGUAAUGGCUUAUGCUUCUUGUAUAGGAAACGGACGAACUGUUUGUUCUUUAAAUAAAUCGUCGUUGUCAUCAUCGUCAGUUACAAAUCAAUUUUUCAUAUUGGCGAUAUUGUUACCGUUAGUUUUACCUGUUUAUAAUACAAUUUAAAGAAUAGAAUCUCCGUGAUGUAAUUAAAAUUAUAUUAAUUUUACAAAUGUAGGCAUUUUUGAACAAAUAUAUUCUUAUUAUAAGCACCUACUA